AUGGACGCGGAGGAGGACGGUCUCGGAGCGAUGGUCGACGCAGAGCCGGCGGCGGCCAACGGCGGGUCCAGCAGGCCUUCUGUGAGCAGCGAGCAGAUGGAUGUGGAGGCGUACGCGGGACUGUACAGCGGGAGGACGAAGAUUAGCAGGUUGUUGUUCGUUGCCGAGCGGUGUGGGAAUCAGGGGAUGGAGAUCGAAGCCCUUCGCAUGGCCUAUGACGAGAUCAAGAAGGGGGAGAAUACGCAGAUGUACCGCGAGGUCGUCCAGAAGAUCGGCGGACGCCUGGGCCCGCAGUACGAGAUGGAUCAGGCCUGGGUCGACACUGUUGACCGCCGUGCUGAGCUGCGCAAGGAGAAGCUUGAGAACGAACUAAAUGGCUACAGGGUAUUUUACGUGAAAUUGACUAUUAAGCCUUUCCUUUUUUCGUCAUUCUGAUCUUGCUUCCAUUUUGUUUAUCGCUAGAAGCCGCGACUUAGGAGACUAAGCUAGAUGAUCAGCACAGAAUAAUUUGUUACUAGUAUGUCAUACUAUGGGUUGUUGGUAAGACAGACGUAUAAGCCGUAAGUGUAGACCAUAUGUGAUAUCAAUGCUGAACGACCGAAAGUCAGAGUAGCUCAUCCUUGCUGAGGGCUGAAUUUUUUUUUCCCGUCCACCCUGGAUGAAUGGAAAACUACCAUUAAGUUUCACGGUCACAUAUAACUCACAACUAGAGUGUUGCAAUGUCUAUUUUUUCUUAAAAACAUGAGGUUGAUCACCUGUAAAGCUGAUAAAAGAGUGGGGACGUUGAGAAUGCCCAAAAUUUUACUUAUUUUUUGGGGCAAUUUUUCCUUCAACGGUUAUCAAUUGAUUUAGUACAAAGUUUAUUCAGUUUUUGUAAUUUAUAGUACUAGCUGAUUUCACUCAAACAGGGAUUAAGAAAUAUGGCAAGUUUGAAUCCAUUUGGGGCACAGAAUUAGACUUUGUUGAAGAUUAUCUGUUGAUCAAUUUUUAUGCCUCAUCUGUAGUUGAAUGCAAUUGCAUGCAGCUACCUAGUGACUGUAAUUUAGUUAAGACUUACUUCUGCUUCGGGGUGAAGCCUUGGUAGUGAAAAUUGAAUUCACGGUUUUCUCUACAUUUUUUAUCUUUGAGCUGUAUGUGAUGGAUAAACUUGAGAAAAGAUUCAAUUUUUUGAACCAUGAGGCGUACCCAUUUUUGCAAAUCAGCCUGGCACGCCCUGUGACGAUCCUCUCAGGACGGUGCUGCCAAUGUAUUCAUCUCUCUAAUUUGAGGACAUAUUGCAUCAUGUUAUUCAAUUUCUAUUUAUAUUCAAUAAAUUUUGAAGCUCUUAUUUUGUUAUAUUUACAUUUGCAGACAAAUUUGAUAAAAGAAAGCAUUAGAAUGGGUUACAAUGAUUUUGGGGACUUUUACUAUGCUCAUGGUAAUCUUGGAGAGGCAUUCAAGAACUAUGUCAGAACUCGUGAUUAUUGCACGACCUCAAAACAUAUAAUUCAAAUGUGCUUGAAUGUCAUACUCGUUAGCAUUGAACUGGGCCAGUUCAUGCAUGUGUCAAACUAUGUAAGUAAAGCAGAGCAACCUCCAGAUGUACUUGAUUCUGUAACCGUUGCAAAGCUGCGAUGUGCUGCUGGAUUGGCUUUUCUGGAAACCAAAAAAUACAAGCUUGCAGCCCGCAAGGUUCGUUUGACAUCUACUGCUUUCACUUUGCUGUGAACUACCCGUUUUGGCGUUGUCCCUGUCGAACUUUAUGGAUGCAAUAUUACGUGGCUUCUAUGGCCUCAUAGAUGUCAGGUCGAUUGCUUACCGAAAAAUUUAUAUGCAUGCAAUGAAAAGUUAUGUGAAUGGUGGUAAGACAUGACCUCCAGUUGUGAAGUCAAUUCCUGAAAACCUUGUGGUUUUCUUUCCUGAACAACUUAUGAAUCUCGUUAAUGCACUUGGUAUGACAUUUGUCUAAUUUAUUUUCCAUCAAUGUAUUCUCUUCAAUGUACUGUAUGAGACUGUGGUGUCUUAAUUUGGUUCGUAGUUUUCACAUUUUUUUACUUAUGGCGAUGAUCUCUGACGCAUACAUGGAUGAUCCAAGUAGUCUUUGAAAGAAUCUACGGUUUGGAUAGCAUUUUAAGCAUAGGUUGACUAAACUGUGGCCUUUGAGAGCUGUAACCAAGACGGUCUCAGUUGGUAUCAUUCUCAGCCUUCAGAUCUAGGCCCUAAACCCUUUUUAUUCUAUUAUUUUCUUUCUUGUUUUAACAAUACCUUGGUUUCAAGUCCCACAAUCAUUUUGGAAGGAAGAAAAUAAUUUAUUCCAUUUAAAUUUCUGAGGAUGGAACCGCUUGUCAUUUUGCUCAAGUUAAUGAACUUUUAAUUCCAUGCGCUAUGAAAUUCGUUAUCCUGGUACUCUCAUAGUUUAUUCUAAAGGUAAAUGCAUAGUGCUAGGAUCAUUUAUUCUAAAUUUCAAGUGUCUACAUAAAAGUUGGAAGGGAACUCCCGAUUGUAAAGAAUCGAUGGACUCAGUGUAAAAUAAACUAACGAGGAAAAUGAAAAGAAAGAGAAAAUCCCUGGGGCAAUCUUGCAUCUUCUAAUGAAGGUGGUAGAUUAGGUAGCGUUUGAGUCUCCGCAAAGAUUAAUUUUUCUAGAAUUUCCAAUUAGUGAGAAAUGAUAGUCACUACAUUGACCAAAGAUUCUUUUCUAUUUCCCUGCUAACUUUUCAUGUUAUGAACUUCUGUUCUUUAAACCGAUGAUUCCUUCUUUGUUCCAUGUCUCUGAGGCAACCUUGGUGCGUCAGUUCUGAUGUAUCUUGUGCGAGUGUAAUCAGAGUGACUAGAUUCCAGGUUUCCUUAGGAUUAAUGUUCCAUCUAUCUGGAACACUGUGUUGGUUUUUUUGUGUGUUUUUUUUCCUUUUAAUGUAGUCUUUUUUGUCAAUAAUGCCGUCAAUACUUCAAUUAUUCAUAAAUCUUUACUGUCUUACCUUUAUCAUUUAUUUCCUCCAUUUCAUUUAUUCCCAAAAAAUUAGUUUAUUCCAGGCUGAAAUGUGUAAAUGAUUAAUUUAUCCCUCCCAAACUACUUCAUUGCACUCAUUCCCGUCUGCUUAUGGUGUCCCAUCCACUAUGAAUUCCGGUGGGGACUACCCCUCCCCCCCUUUUGUGUCAUGAUUUCCCUGUUUGCAAGGUUUCUUUUUUUCUUCUUUUCGUAAGGUGGAAAUUUUGGAUCUUGGUGACUGACUAAUAAGCAUCAAACAGUUUGUAGGAAUCUUUGGAUUAAAUCAAAUUAAAAAUUUAGUUCUGAAGAAAUAAUCCAUUUUUCAAGAAUAAAAAGAUUGUUAAAGCAGACUCUAUAUGAUAUAAGAUGGUCUUAUGAGUAUUUUUUCCCGCUAUAGUCAGCUGUUUGUUUUUUUCUCCUUGGCGAUUGUCAUUUCUUCUUUAGAUCUUGUUUUUCCAACACCUCAGCUGUUUGUUUCAAGUUUCAUUUAUGGUAAAUCUGAAUUAACUGAGAUGCUGGAAAAUUUGGACCCCCCUCUCUUACUCCCAAGUAAUUAUCUCUAUGAUUUACUCUAUUCCACUUUAUUAAUGAUUUCAUUUACGAGGGUAUUGGACCAGGAUUUGAAUGAAACCUGAAGAACAUAACAUUAUCAUCAAAGAGUUGGAGCUUCUAAUAUUUGCACCAUAAACUGGACCUUGCUUGUUGAGUUUACGAUUGCUUAAUUAAUACAUGAGAGAAAUAUUACAUAUUUUUCAAGAUGGACUGAGAGAGGGUGGAGUUGUCUAGUGGUAAAUGUUUCCUGCAAGAGAGUGAACAGUUUAUAUUAAACAGUCUGCAAAGAGAGUGAUUGAAGGCCAAAUUUGUGUUAUGCAGAUAUGUGAAAGAAGGAUAAUUCUUCAUAAAUGCCUAAAAAAGGGUACGAUGACCCAUUUAUUAUUACGAAUAUGCUAGUAAUCGGUCUGUGAUCUUUGUCAGGUAGCCCUUAUCAUGUGAAGGGUCUAUAUUCUUUUGGGGCACGAUAGGAUACACAAUGCUGGGCCCUCCUCUCUCUCUCCUGCUGCCCUUUCACCUCAGUCAUAUCCUAUUUCAGGGUUUAAGGCCUCUUUUGGCCCCAAAUUCUAAUCUCUUCUCGGUAGAGAUAGGUGGAAAUAGAUAGAGAGAGAGAGAGGUGACCCCAAAUGCUGGGCUCUCUCUCUCUCUCUCUCUCUCUCUCUCUCUCUCUCUCUCUCUCUCUCUUUCUCUUUCUCUCUCUAUCUCCUGCUGCCCUUUCACCUCAGUCAUAUCCUAUUUCAGGUUUAGGGCCUCUUUUGGCCGGAAAUUCUAAUCUCUUGUUGGUAGAGAUAGAUAGAGAGAGAGAGGUGGCCCCAAAUGCUGGGCUCACGUCUCUCUCUCUCUCUCUCUCUCUCUCUCUCUCUCUCUCUCUCUCGCUCUCUAUAUCUAUCUAUAUUUCUAUCUAUCUAUCUCCCUCUCCCUCUCCCUCUCUCUCUUUCUCUCUCUAUCUCCUGCUGCCCUUUCACCUCAGUCAUAUCCUAUUUCAGGGUUUAGGGACUCUUUUGGUCCAAAAUUCUAAUCUCUUGUUGGUAUCUUAGCCGACGAUAAUUCCAUCUGCAAUGUUUAUUCUCUUCGUGAGGGAGGAUUUAGUCCAGCACUGUUUGGUCAACUCGAUCCCUGGUAAUCACACUUCAGCAUGACCUUUCUUCCUCCAUUAAAUGAUUGGUCAGCAAGUGCACGGUAUGGGCACUUUUAACUUGAUGAUAAAAGAUAUGAAUGCUGUUGCUACUGAUUCAUCUAGUGCUCUGCUUCAGCUGAACUAUUCGGUCAACUGCCUUCCCCAUGUCGCCUGCCACCUUCUACCCUGGGUUUCAUGUCAAAGUAGCUAAAAGCUUGAAGAGAGAGAGGGGAAGAGAGUGAGAGAGAGAAUGGGGGUUGGGGAACCUUUGCUUCUUUUUUUUCCCUUUUGAAUUCAGACCUUUAUACGCCUUCUAGAUUAUCAGAUCUUUUUUUUUUAUUCCGUUUAGAAUCUUUAACAGAGCCUUCUCUUUUGGAUUGGCUAAUUUGUCCAAAGGAAGAUGACUGCAGAUGAUCUCAACGAAUGCGUUAAAAAUCUAGCAUCAAAUCAUGCAGGCCAUCCAAUUAGUUCGGACUUAGUAGAGGUUGAUUGAACAAGGAGACCCUCUCUUCAUAUCUCUUUCUCUCUCUCUCUCUCUCUCUCUCUCUCUCUCUCUUCACUUCUGCCCUCAUCUGAUUCAGUUAUAUUCAAAACUUUAUAACGUGAAGGGAACUCUGGUUUGAGGAAACCUUCCGAAGUUCUUUUUUAUUUUAAUUAUUAAAUUCCAUACUUUACUUAUGGGAAAAAUAGGAUCCCUAUCUUUAGAAAUAAGGGUAUCUAUUCGAUUAUAUUUGUCAGUUUUUGGGUUCUGAUAUUGAUGAAAUCCUCUCGCUUCUUUCAAUUUUUUAUGGUACUUUCAGUUCUUGGAGACGGGUCCGGAGUUGAGUAACAACUACACCGAGGUCAUAGCACCACAGGACAUUGCAAUCUAUGGUGGUCUUUGUGCGCUCGCUUCUUUUGACAGGGCAGAGCUCAAGGCAUCUCUCUCUCUCUCUCUCUCUCUCUCUCUCUCUCUCUAGAUAUAUAUGUAUAGCUCUGUAAAUAUAUUUAUCUACUUACCCUUUGCACUGAAUGAAAUUUUUUCUCCUGAUAUUUAUCUGGAUAUGCUUCACACUCCCCCCCCCUCUCUCUCUCUCUCUCUCUCUCUCUCUCUCUCUCAGAUAUAAAUAAAUGUAUAUAAAUGUGUUGCUGAUGAAGGUGAUUCUGCUUCCAACCAGAACAAAGUCAUCGACAAUAUCAACUUCAGGAAUUUUUUAGAGCUUGUUCCAGAAGUACGUGAACUUAUUCACGACUUUUAUGCGAGGUAACCCUUUUUCUGAGCGGUCCAUCCCUCAUCCUUCAUCCACGACAUGUUCUUGAACUAUGCAUUAAUGUUCUUGAAACCAUACGUUCUAUAGGCAUGUAUAUAUAUAUAUAUAUAUAUAUAUAUAUAUAUAUAUAUAUAUUCGUGAAUCUUUUAUUGAAUGGAGUUGCUCUGCUGCAGCCGAUAUGCGUCGUGCCUUGAGUACCUUGAGAACUUGAGAGGGAACCUGCUGCUAGACAUCCACCUGCAUGAUCACGUCGAAACGCUCUACUCUGAUAUUCGCCACAGGGCCAUCAUCCAGUACACCCACCCUUUCAUCUCUGUAGAUCUCAACAUCAUGGCCGGUGCCUUCAAGACCUCGGUCUCCGGGUUGGAGAAGGAGCUCGAGGCAUUGAUCACUGAGAACCAGAUUCAGGUUCUGAAACCCCCACCCCCCUGUUCUCUCUCUCUCUCUCUCUUUCUCUCUCUUUCUCUCUGUCUGUCUGUCUGUCUGUCUGCCUGUUCUCUCUCUCUCUUUUGUUUAUCUCUUUCUCUCUUUCUGUCUGUCUGUCUGUCUCUCUCUCUCUCUCUCUCUCUCUCUCUCUCGCUCUCUUUCUCUUUCUCUCUCUAGAGCGGUGGUUGAAUGGGGCUUGUUGUUGCAGGCGAGGAUUGACUCCCACAACAAGAUACUAUACGCCCGGCAUGCCGAUCAGAGGAACGCGACGUUCCAGAGGGUGUUGCAGACCGGCAUCGAGUUUGACCGGGACGUGAGGUCAAUGCUCCUGAGGACAAGCCUCCUCAAGCACGAACACAACCUCCGGGCCACCAGGAAGCUUUGA